AUGAAAACCACAACCCCAUUUCCCCUCGAGAAUCUACCAUACGGAGUGGUCUCUACCCCGGAUGACCCAACCCCGCGGUGUGCAACUGCAUGGACGGACUAUGCGAUCGACCUCGGUCGCCUCCAGAGGGAUGGGUUCUUUAACUCAAUCCCAGGCAUGAUUGACGGUGCCUUUAGCAAGCCUGCUCUCAAUGUCUUCGCGUCAACUCCCCAAUCCACGCAAGCCGAAGUGAGAGCGCGACUAGUUCGAUUUCUUGCGGGCGCGAGUGAAGCUCCUAAAGAGAAGUACUUCCUUCCCUUAUCGCAAGUGACAAACCAUUUGCCAAUGGAGACCGCGAACUUCUCCGACUUCUACUGUUCACUCGAGCAUGCAAAAAAUUGCUCAAAAAUCAUGGGCCUCGAGGUCAAUCGAAACUGGUAUUACAUUCCGUCGGUCUACAACGGCCGCACGUCCAGUCUUAGAGUCUCGGGACAGCCUGUCCGCCGACCGUGGGGUGUAAUAUCAGAACCAGGUGCAUCUUCGCCAGCGACGUGGUCACGAAGUAAGAGGCUCGACUUCGAGCUCGAGAUGGGGGUAUUCCUGUCGAAGCCUCUGCGGGCUGGUCAGAUCCUCGACAUGCGCAACGCCAGAGAGCAUGUCUUUGGUUUUGUCAUUUUGAAUGACUGGUCAGCGAGGGACAUCCAAGGAUUUGAAAUGGCCCCUCUUGGUCCGUUCCAUAGCAAAGGAUUUGGAACCACGAUCUCACCAUGGAUCGUCACGAUCGAUGCACUGUCGCCCGUAGAGUGCCCCGUCUCGAUUCCACAGAGCCCACCACCCUUACCCCAUUUGGCCUGGAAAGGGAACCACUCACAUGCAACGUGGGAUAUUGAACUGUCCGCGAGGAUCUUGAGAAAAGGGAAGACAUAUCACAUUACUUCCACUAACCUAAAAGACUUAUACUGGACACCGUAUCAGCAGCUCACCCAUCUCGCGAGCGCUGGAGAAGGUCUGUCCACGGGAGAUCUCUUUGGCACGGGUACUAUCUCAAACGAUCGACUCAAUGGAGUCGGCGAAAAGUCCGGCCUGGCUUGUCUUCUAGAACGGGCACUGCCCGAGAAUAGAUUAGCAUGUAUGGAAAUAGACAGCCUUGAAUAUCUAGAAGAUGGGGAUGAGGUGAUCAUGGAAGGGUGGUGCUUGCAUCCCGAGACCGGUCGGCAUUUUGGAUUCGGCGAAUGUCGAGCUGUGAUUGUACCCGCGUUGGACCUGCGAGAUAUAUGCGACCCCAAUCAGUGUAUCUGUUCAUCACUGGCGUCGAGAAUCAUGGACGUGAAAGGGGAAGCAGGUGGGAACGCGCAACGGGAAAUUGUCAAGGACACGAAGGUCGUGUUAGGAGCGACAGACGAGCGCAUUCUAUUGGAUGAGACCGAAUCGCAGACUGUCGUGCGCAAGUUCGACAUGCGAUUGCUAACUCUUUUCACUGUCAUCAAUCUGUUCAGCUUUAUCGAUCGAGUUAAUAUCGGCAACGCGCGUUUACUGGGACUAGAGAAGGACCUGGGGUUGUCCGGACUACGCUUCAACAUUGCGCUGAUGUGCCUUUUCGUGUCGUAUUGCGCUGUGGAGUUACCUUCAAACAUCCUGUGCAAAAUUGUCGGGGGACAUAUAUAUAUCCCUACCCUUGUGCUUUGCUUCGGCAUCAUCACGAUGCUCACCUCGCUGGUGGAGAAGAAAGGCGGCCUAUACGCAUGUCGCUUUCUCCUGGGGGUCUUUGAAGGCGGUAUUUCCCCCGGCUUGGUCUUCAUGUUGGCUUUAUUUUACCGUCGGCAUGAAUUGGGUGUCCGAACAAGUAUAUAUAUCUCUGCUUCUUCCGCGAGUGGUGCGUUCGGUGGCCUUUUAGCGAUCGGGCUGUCUAGGAUCCCUCCCUGGGGUCUCAUUCAUACGUGGAAAAACAUUUAUUUCUUCGAGGGCUUGGUGUCCGUCAUUCUCGCGGUCAUCGCGUUCAUCUGCAUCCCAAGUGGACCGGAAAGCGCACGAUUCUUAACAGAAUCUCAAAAACGCAUCGCAGUGGAUAGGAUGCGUAUCGACUCUGCUGGAACAACUGAACAUUCGCGGACUAAGUUCCGCCAUGUUGUCCAGGGUUUAACUACCCCGCCGGUACUAUUCUGCGCCUUCGGAUUCUUCUUUGGAAACACCUGCGCUCAAUCCUUCUCGCUGUUUUCACCAUCUAUAAUCAGCGCCAUGGGGUAUAGCAAGGAACUAGCUCAACUCUUAUCCGUUGGACCUUACGCUGCUGCCUGUGUGAUAUCCAUCGUAGUCGGCUACAUCUCCGACCGUUAUCAAAGCCGGGGCUGGAUGAUCUUCGCCAUUGUUCCGUUCGGAAUUGCUGGCAUGGGCCUGCUCGAGUUCCUCCCGGCUUCUAAGCCGGGUGCGAAAUACGGAGCCUUGUAUCUUGCUGUGCCAGGCAUCAACAGCUUCCUGCCGCUCUGGCUUGCCUGGGCAGUUAAUAAUGCGGCGACGCCGACCGUCAAAGCGGCGUCGUCGGGUCUAGUCUUCACCGUCGGGUCGCUGGGCGGGAUUCUCGCACCGUGGGUUUAUUUGCCUGGGGAUGCGCCGAACUACCGCACGGGUCAUACCAUCAUGUUCUCUUUUUUGUUUGGCAGUUGGGCGAUGUGUAUUGGCUUGAUAGUGUAUAUCAAAUGGGAGAACCGGGUCAGAGAGAUGGGAAAGCGAGAUGGUGUGCUGGAAGGAUUGGGGCCUGAGGAGCAGUUAGAGCUGAGUAGUCGACAUCCAGCAUUUCGCUAUGCUGUCUAA